CUCUGCCCUCCAGCUGCCCGCGACAGCUCUCAACGGCACUCAAGAAGCUGACCAAGCUACAGGUGCCCUCUCUCCACUGGAACACUACUCACAUGUUUUCUUCCCUCACGGUCAUCUUCCAUGGUUAUCCUUUUUUCUCCUGUAAGAUACUGCUGAGAGAGAGAGCAGCCUGCUAACCUCAGCACUGCCAGUCAAGGCUUUGCUGCUUGUGUGGGUCCCAUGAGGACGGGAGACCCCUGCAGGGAUUGGCAUGGCUUCUCCUUUGGCCAUCCUUUCUGCCAGUCGUGUUUGGCAGAGCGGAGACACAGGUGCAGAGAGAGAGAGACAGGAGUAGGCGCAUCAAAGGGCACCCACAGAUUUGAACCUCCUCUGCACAGGAAUGUGGUCCCCUCUGAACUCACCAUCUACAAGGACACAGGCAGCAGGAUCAAUCCAACUGCUCCUGCCAACUCUCUCUCUCUCUCUCUCACACACACACUCAUUUCUCUUUCCAAGGUAUCAUGAUUACUUACCACAUGUUUUUGGACAGAAAUCUAGGACAAAAGUGCUUUUAGAAAACAACAGAAAUCUGACAUUCCAUUACAUUAGCCAUUUGGGACGUAAGAAGAAUUGUGGAACAGAGACGUAAAGUUAAAUAAUCAAACACACAUCUUCACACUUGUGUUAUUAUGGUGGUGUGUUAUUCGCAGGUUAGACAUGCUAACUUCAAUCUAUAUGGUAUAAUGGUAUCCAAAUUGAGGAAAUGGCUGGUAGUCUACUACUAUUACUCUACGAAUAUCAGUGUCUCUUAAAAUGCAAAACAUGCCAAGCAGCCACUUGGCCAUUGCCACUAAAUGUGAUCAUAACAAGUGGUUGAGUGUAACAAAUGUAACAAGGUAACACAAUUCUUAUUGGACACUCUGAAGUGUAUAUGACAUGUCUAUCAUCAAAGUUAUCAAUCAUGUAAUCAAACUGACAACACAUAUCAAUGCCAAAUGUGGCAUCUGCACCCUAAAUAUCUCUCUGUGUUCAGUGUUUUUCAACACCCCAGUCCAAGAUGAGAAGAGCAAUGGACACAGAAAUAACUGUGAUUAUGAAUGAAAGGAGCCUCACAGUGGAGAACAGGAGGAAAACAAGAAGAGAUAAUGUUAAAAAAAAGAAAAAACAUGCUCUCCUUAUCAUCAGUCUUGGCUCUCAAGGUCUCCCAUGGCUUCAGCCGAUACAGUCCUGACCACCCUCAUUCUCGCGCUGCAUCUAGAGACCACCACAGCUCCAGUCCUUUGAAAGAAACUUUCUGAUAAAGACUCAACGGUUCAAGCAUCUUCUACCAUCCCCUGGGAUCUCCCUAUACGGCACAACCAGAGCUCACAACCUGUAGUAGGUCUUCUGCUCUAUGAUUACCCGUCUGGAUGUCAGCAGUGGCUCCAUGGCUUGAUCCGCAGGGGAUCCACAAAGACCAUCUUCUGUGUCUGUGUGCCGAGCUCGGAAACAGAUAACCCUCUAAAGAGAGCGACGAGGCUCAACCACAGGGGACUCUCCACCAAACAUCACGAUGAAGAGUGCGGUGCUGAUGGUGAUGCUGGGGCUGUCUUUGACGGGGCUCAGAGGGGCUGCCAACAGCACGCUGGCACAACCUCAUCACUGCCUGGCCAAUGGAACAGUGCGCUCCUUCUUCUGUUUGGACAAGGAGGUUGAAAAGGUGCCUACCAAUAUUCCCCAAAACACAACCUACAUAGUAUUCAAGCUAACCCACAUCAGCAUCAUACCAAAAAGAGCCUUCUUUGGUUUACAACACCUAAAAACCAUAAUGAUCUCCGAGAAUGGAAAUCUGCAGAAGAUCCAUAAUCUCUCCUUUGCCAAUCUGCCCAGCCUGUCAGAGAUAACAAUAACUAAAUCAAAAAAUCUUGCCAUCAUUUACAAGAAUGCCUUCUUGAACCUGCCUAAACUGAAACAUUUGACAAUAUCAAACACUGGACUGAAAACACUGCCUGUUUUCUCCAGGAUCAACUCAUUUGCGGAGGACUUUUUGCUGGAUCUCCAGGAAAACAUGCAUCUGCAGGUCAUCCCUAGCGAUGCGUUCCUGGGACUGAGCAUGGACACCAUCUCAGAGCUGAGGCUGACUAAAAAUGGUCUCACCAAGGUGGAGAGCUUUGCUUUCAAUGGCACCAAAAUGCGAACAUUGUCUCUUAUGGGAAACCAAGAGCUCAUCCUCAUCCACAGAGACGCCUUCUUAGGAGCUGAGGGUCCUAUCUCUCUAGACAUUUCAUACACAGAUGUCCACGCUCUGCCAGAGACCAUGUUAAGGACCAUCAAGAGUCUUGUGGCCACCUCUGUGUACUCCCUGAGAAUGCUGCCUAGGCUGGACCUCUUUGCAGACCUCAUAGAAGCCAACCUCACAUAUCCUAGCCAUUGCUGUGCCUUCGCCAACUUCAGGAAGAAUAGGUCAGAGAGGCACGUUAUCUGUGACAACCCCAACCUCCCUGCAGAGGAGCCGAUCCUCUACCGUGAUUACUGCGAGAUGAAGACGGAAAUCCUCUGCUAUCCCAAACCAGACGCCUUCAACCCCUGUGAGGACAUCAUGGGUCACACCUACCUGCGUGUGCUCAUCUGGAUCAUCUGUGUGCUGGCCAUCGUGGGCAACGCCGUGGUGCUGCUGGUCCUUCUGACCAGCCGCUACAAGCUGACCGUGCCACGCUUCCUUAUGUGCCACCUGGCCUUUGCGGACCUGUGCAUGGGUAUCUACCUAAUGAUCAUCGCAUCGGUGGACAUCUACACUCGAGCACAGUACUACAACUUUGGCAUCGACUGGCAGAUGGGCGUGGGUUGCCGUGCAGCUGGCUUCUUCACGGUGUUUGCAAGCGAGCUGUCCGUCUACACUUUGACAGUCAUCACCCUGGAGCGAUGGCACACCAUAACGUACGCCAUGCAGUUGGAGCGCAAGCUGCGUCUGCGCCACGCGGCCGCUCUGAUGGCGGGCGGCUGGGUGUUCGCCUGGCUGGCGGCGCUGUUCCCGGCAGUGGGCGUCGCCAGCAGCUACAUGAAGGUGAGCAUCUGCCUUCCCAUGGAUGUGAAGACGGCGGCGUCGCAGAGCUACGUGGCGUUGCUUCUGCUGCUGAACGUGGCCGCCUUCUUGGGAGUGUGCGCCUGCUACUUGCGCAUCUACACCACCGUGUGCCACCCCCAGGCUCUGGCCCCGCUCACCAGUGCCUCAGACACGCGGCUGGCCAAGCGAAUGGCUGUGCUUAUUUUCACUGACUUCCUGUGCAUGGCGCCCAUAUCCUUCUUUGCUAUCUCAGCGGCAUUCAAGUGGCCACUGAUCAACGUGUCACAAGCCAAGGUGUUGCUGGUGCUCUUCUAUCCCAUCAACUCGUGCGCGAACCCCUUCCUCUACGCCUUUUUUACGAAAACGUUUAAACGGGACUUCUUUGUGCUGGCCAGUCGCUUUGGCUGCUUUAAAAUGCAGGCGCAGAUUUACCGCACAGAAUCCUCCUCAGUUCAGAAUGGUGUCUGGGUGCCCUCUCCGAAGACCAGUGAAAGCACUAUCUAUUCACUGAUCCACAUGACUCAUAAACACUGACCGGGAAGUGGUCUUGCUGUGCUCCACCCUAUCACAUUACAUGUGUCAAUAAUGUUAAAGGUUUUGGACUUUGGAUUAAGGGGCUUUCAAAAAGCAAAAACAAUUCACCGGACCAGACAGACCAGUCCAUUUCUCUCAAGCUUAAGCUUAACUUUAAUUCAUUUUUGCUAUGAAGACAAUUAGUUUAAGGCCAAUUUUUAAAAGGACAGACCCAGUCUGGACUGGGCAAACUAAGAACACUUUUAUUUUAUUAUUCCUAAAAGGAACUGAGACACCUGACUAAAACCCUGUUUUGUAAUUUUACUGAAUGAUGAGGAAAAAACAAUACCUGGCUUUGCUGAUAGUCCAUGUUUUGUGUUGUAUACUGUAAUUUUUGUUUGUAAAGUGCACCUUUAAUUAGCUGAAUGAUUUGUAUAUUAGAACCUAACUGCCUACAACACUACCAAGGGUGCCAUCAUAUCUGAACUUUUGAAAACGUGCUUUUAAUGUUAAAUACUGAUGCGCGUGUCAAUGUAAUGAAAUGCAUACACACCAAUAUGUAAAAAUAUAUUAAUCAGAAGA